AUGGCGGCAACGAAAAAGAGGUUGAACUCAAAGAAGAACAAAAUGCCCCGAUGCGUCGUUUGUGACCGGAGGCCCAGGGAUAACAAGAGACGGACGGUGGUCACGACUCAAGCGAAAAGCGAUGCGCAGUCGGUUUUCACGAAGCUCAUCCACCUCGACUCGUUCAAAGAGUCAAGGCGACCAAGAGUUGUUGCAAUGAUCGCAAUGAGACGGAUAAUCAACCACGCCGAUAUCACCCAGCUGAUCGAUCUCGAGACUUCUGCCCUAGGACAGUGGUGUCUGCAGAGCCUACACAGCUCCGUCAGAGAGCUUCGGAUUGCCUCAGGACGUGCUCUUCCCCUUUUCCUGGCGGACGCGAGUUCAGAUACACUCGACCCCGCUGUGGUUAAGCGCAACCGAAAGAACGCGCUCAGCCUGCUCAAAGCCGCCUCGGAGAAAGACGCGGUCAUAUUCCAUGAAAGCGGAAUUCUUGCCUGGAGCCAACUUGGACGUGUUGUGACCGGAGACGAGCUCAAUCUCGUGCUUCACAAGUUGCUUGAGUAUCUGGGCAGCAACAACAGUUUGAUCGCUGCGUGUGCUUUCAAUGAGAUUCUCGGCCUAGCUACUGCAUUGAAGACAACACCCCGUCGCUUGUUCGAGCCCUUUUGGAGAAACCUGGCGUACUUUGCUGUCAAGGACAUGGUAUCUCGGCCGCAGAUGACCCGUGCUAUCGCCGAUCUGCUACAGAUUUCUGUUACAGACUUCCUUCUGCUCAUUCAGACCCAUGCUAUGCCGUGGCUGGUCUUGAUGAAGAAGAAAGAUGUUAUCCAGAAGAUUGCCGAAGCAAGGGGCGAAAAGGACGUUUGGGUCCCUAUUCUGGACACUGUCAAUGCUGGCCCCAUUCUCGCGCUGCUGCUCGUGCAAGAUGUGCACAAUAUUGAGCAAUUUGUCAUGUCAAGACUCAUCGAAGUGGCUUCUCAUCUAGAGUCCUUCAGCUUGGUUGAGCUGAUGCAAGCAGAGGUUGUCACUAUCGUUCUUGAGCUGUUGAAGGCAGUGGGCGAGGCGGACGAAACCCGCAAACCCAGGAUUAUCGAGGCACUUACCUCGUUUUGCUCCAUGAUGAUGGUUGCAAACAAGGAGUCGAGGCCGAAGAAAGGAAACACUAUCGGAAGGUUUCUUGAGUCUUACAUUCUGGGCCUCAUGGCCCGACUUGCGGACGUCAUCAACGAUAUGCCCCUUGUGUCGCCCCCGGUCGAGGAACAGAGGCGAUGCGUGCGAGCCAUGGAGGAGAUGAUCAGGCUUUGCAAAACCUACGUGCGCAUUGCGCGACCUCAGAUAUCUGCGUGCUUACUGUCAGCCUUGGACCAAGACGAUCUGAGAGAAGUUGCGUUCUCUUGCUGGGCGGCUCUUCUCACAUAUCUCGAUUCAGAAGACGUCGAGGUGCUGCUCGAAACGACUUUCUUUGUCAUCGGUCACUACUGGCCAUUGUUCAAUGAUAGCUCUCGACGCAUGGCCAAAAACCUGAUCACAACACUCAUGACGGACUUCGACACGGUUCUCCAUGAAAACAUCAGCAAACUACCUUCCUUGGCUCAUGUGCCGGAGCUGGCGGAUAUCGAAGCACAGCUCAGCGCGAUUCGACCUCCGCUCGACAGCAGCAAAGCGUUUGCCCUCUUCGCGGAGCGCAUAUCCCACGAGAACUCUGGUGUGGUUUUGCAGGCUCUGGCCGAACUAGAGACCUACCUCAAGCAAAGCGGAGGCUUCCUCCAGACUUCGACAAUCAGCCAGCAACCAGAUCCAGUUGUCUCUACCGUGCUUCGGGCUUUGCUCGAUUGCGCUUCGAAAUAUAGUUCCUCGCAGCUUGAAAUCGCCAGUCUCUGCACGCAAUGCAUCGGCCUGGUGGGCUGCCUGGACUCUAACAGGGUUGAAGCGCCGCGGGAGCAAAAGUCGAUGGUGAUUCUGAGCAACUUUGAAAACUCGGAAGAAACGACCGAUUUCGUGCUAUUCACGCUGGAAAAUAUCCUGGUCAAGGCGUUUCUGUCCACGACAGACACCAAGCUCCAGGGUUUCCUAGCGUUCGCCAUGCAAGAACUGCUCAGCAGAGUGGAUAUCAAAGCGGCGUGCGCAAUGAAGAACACCGGCCAGAGGGACGGCGGCAGCAUCUACAGAAAGUGGUUGGCGUUGCCGGAGAGCGUCCGCAUGAUCCUAACACCGUUUCUCACUUCCAAGUACAUCUUGAUGACCAUGACCAUGGCGACAAUCGAGUAUCCGAUCUUCCGGCCAGGCAAGCCCUAUGGCAACUGGAUGCGCUCCUUCAACAUGGAUCUCCUGCGCAAGGGACAGAACGCGUAUGCGGACCUCAUCUUCGAGCCGCUGUGCCGCACCAUCCGAGUCAAGGAUCUCGCAGUGGCGGAAUUCCUGAUGCCGUACCUCGUUCUGCAUGUCAUCAUAGGCCACCGGAGCUCCCGCAAGGAGCGUGACAAUGUCAUAGGUGAGCUGGUUGGGAUUCUCCAGCACCAACCCGCAGAAGAUGCGCCGUAUAGCGAACGAGAGGACAUGAAGCUGUAUUGCGAAGCUGUCUUCCGAGUUCUCGACUAUGCCAGCAGGUGGCUCCAAGAAAAGAUUGCCAAACGCAAGAACGACAAUGACGCCCCGGCCAUUGCGCGUGUCGAGGAUCUGCUAAGCACGAUCCCGCCAGUGCUCAUAUCCCAACGUGCGAUGGAUUGCAAAGAAUAUCCCCGCGCGCUCUUUCACCUUGAACAGCAUGCCCAACAGCUGGAGGUUGAGAAGAGCGAUCCGAGGCAGAAGACGUUUCUUCUCGAGCAACUGCAGGACAUUUACACGCAGAUUGACGAACCCGACGGGCUGGAGGGCAUCUCGGCCCACCUCCACGUCCUGGACAUCAACCAGCAAAUCCUCAGCCACAAGAAAGCGGGCAGGUACACAGCCGCCCAGACGUGGUACGAAAUCAAGCUGGCAGAAGAGCCCGACAACAUUGAUGUGCAAGUGGACCUGCUCAACUGCUUAAAACAGUCUGGUCAACACGACGUGCUGCUCAACUACGUCGAAGGUAUGAAGACGGAUCCUUCAACAGAGAACAAGAUUGUUCCCUACGCCGUCGAGGCAGCUUGGGCCACGCGGAGAUGGGACUCGUUGUCCAAGUACACCAGUCGGUUCCACGGCAGCCCUCUGGAAGACUUCAACGUCAGCGUCGCGAAGCUGUUCAACACGUUGCAGCAAAGGGGCGCCUCCAGCGACACGUUUCCCCAAUUGCUGCAAAGCAUGAGAGCGAAGAUUGCCUCCGCCAUGACUCACUCAGCUACCUCGUCAUUGCAGGCCUGUCAUGACUUGAGACUCAGAUGCCAUGUGCUCACCGACCUGGAAAUCAUUGCCGGGGCUCCACCCUCGGAAGGAGAAGCACACCAAGAAGUGCUGACAAUGCUGAAUCGCCGCCUCGAGGUUCUCGGUGCGUAUGUCAGCGACAAGCAGUAUUUGCUGGGCAUUCGCAGAGCAGCCAUGGAGCUUUCACGUCCCAAGUUCUCUGACCUGGACAUCUCGUCCCUAUGGCUUUCGAGCGCUCGCCUGGCCAGGAAGGCCAACUCUACCCACCAGUCAUUCAACGCGGUGCUCCAUGCCUCCCAACUGGGCGAUGGUGCCGCCGUUAUCGAGAAUGCCCGGCUGUUAUGGAAAGACGGCCAUACCCGCAAGGCCAUCCAGGUUCUGCAGGGUGCUAUCGAGUCCAACAACUUCAUGACGCAGACCAACAGUUCCUCCUCCAUCCGCGGGAUGGAUGCCCAACAGAGACAGCUGACGGCCAGGGCGCAGUUGAUGCUGGCCAAGUGGCUGGAUGCCGCCGGACAGACGAACCACGCCACUCUGCGCGAAAAGUACCAGCAACCGCCGAAGACGGCGGCGAGCUGGGAAAAGGGACACUACUAUCUGGGGCGGUACUACAAAAAGGUGCUGGAGUCGGAAAAGACGCUGAAGCCGGACGAGCAAAGCGACCCCUGCAUCCAGGGCGAGUACACCAGGCUCAUCAUUGAAAACUACCUCCGGUCGCUGAACUACGGCACCAAAUACCUCUACCAGACGUUGCCGAGAAUCCUCACGCUGUGGCUCGAGUUUGGAGCCCAGGUCGACAAGGCCCCCGAAGGCAAGAUUUCGCUGUCCCGCGAACUCCAUAGGAGGCGAACGGAGCAGCUGAACCUCCUCCACCAGUUCCUUGACAAGUACAUCAUCCGGCUUCCGGCGUACAUCUUUUACACGGCGCUCCCGCAGAUCGUGGCGAGAAUAGCGCACCACAACGCCAGCGUGUACGAGAGGCUGGUGCACAUCGUCGUCAAGGUUGUGGAGUCCCACCCUCGGCAGGCUCUCUGGAGUCUGUUUGGCAUCAUGACAACGAGGCAAGCGUCAGAGCGCAAGGCGCGGGGCCAGCAGAUCCUGCAGACGCUCAGGGGAGCGACCCGGAAGGUAGACGGGGGUAGCUUCGAUCUCAGAACGCUCCUGAGGAUGGGCGAGAAGCUUGCUGAGCAGUUGUUGCUGGCGUGCAACAACGGGGAUUUCCAGAGCAACAGGACGACGGUGGCGAGCAUCACGCGGGACCUGAACUUCAACCACAAAUGCACGCCAUGCCCGCUGGUGGUGCCGAUCGAGUCGUGCCUGACGGCCGCGUUGCCGACGUUGACGGACAAUGUCAAGAAGCACAAGGCAUUCGCACGCGACGUCAUCACGAUCGACUCGUUCCUGGACGAAGUACUGGUGCUCGGGUCGCUGGCCAAGCCGCGACGACUGACGGCGCGCGGAACGGACGGCAAGAACUACAUGCUCAUGAUCAAGCCGAAGGACGACCUGCGCACCGACCAGCGGCUGAUGGAGUUUAACAGCAUGAUCAACAGGUCGUUGAAGCGGGACCCCGAGGCCAGCAGGCGUCAGCUGUACAUCAGGACAUACGCGGUGGUGCCGCUGAACGAAGAGUGCGGCAUCAUCGAGUGGGUGGACGGGCUCAAGACGCUGCGCGAGAUCCUUCUGGACCAGUAUAAGACGCGCUCGGUGCACCCGGAUUACAACCAGAUCAAGCGGAUGAUGACGGAGGCUGUGACGGGGCCGAACAACAUCAAGAUGUUCACCGAGGGGGUGCUGGGGACGUUCCCGCCGGUGCUACAGCACUGGUUCGUGCAGCGGUUUCCGCACCCUUCGACGUGGUUCUCGGCCCGGCUCAAGUACACGCGGUCCUGCGCGGUCAUGUCGAUGGUGGGCACGAUCCUGGGGCUGGGCGACCGGCACGGGGAGAACGUGCUCUUAGAGCGCGACAACGGCGGCAUCUUCCACGUAGACUUCAACUGCCUCUUUGACAAGGGCCUGACGUUUGCGCAACCGGAGAAGGUGCCGUUCCGGCUGACGCACAAUAUGGUGGCGGCGAUGGGGAUCUACGGGUACGAAGGGCCGUUCCGGCACUGCAGCGAGCUGACGCUGGGGAUCCUCCGGCAACAGGAGGAGACGCUGAUGACGAUCCUCGAGGCUUUCAUCUACGACCCGACGCUGGACUUACAAAAGGAGAAGAAGACAAGCCGGCGGCAGGACGGGGCGCCGCGGAUGCAGCCGCAGCUCGUGGUGGACAGCAUCAAGCGCAAGGUCAAGGGGUUGAUGGGGCACGACACGAUCCCGCUCGGUGUAGAGGGGCAGGUGGAGGAGCUGAUCAAGCAGGCCGUGGACCCGAGGAACCUCGCGGCCAUGUACAUUGGGUGGUGUCCGUUCUUGUAA